AUGAAUAUGUUCAAAACAUCAAUAAACGAACAACAACAACAAAAACAUUUAUUACCUCAACAACAACAACAUGUUUUAAUUAAAAAUACCCCAAUGUUUUUACAAACAUUAAAUAAUUCUUUUACUGAAACAAAACAAUUAGAACAACAACAACAACAAUUUGUUUGUUCUCUAGGAGUUCAUGUUUCUAUAUGGCCUUCCUGCCUUCUUUUAAGCGAGGCAUUUAUUAAUGUUGCGUUUAUUUCCGUUGUUAUGUUGGUAAUUGUACUUGGUAAUUUAAUGGUAGUACUAACAGUCAAGUUUGACUCCAAACUGCGAGCUCAACGACAAAAUUGGCUUAUUGUUUCACUUGCUGUCGCCGAUUUUUUAGUUGGAUUAUUAGUCAUGCCAUUAACUUUGCUUUAUGAAAUUAUUGGGGUUUGGAUUUUAGGAGGCUUUCUCUGUGAAUUAUGGCUAGCUUUGGAUGUUCUUUUUGUUACUGCCUCAAUACUCCAUAUCUGCAUUAUUUCACUUGAUCGGUACUGGUCAGUAACACAACCCUUAACUUACCCAAUUAAAAGAACACCAACUAGAAUAUGUGUAAUGAUAGGUGUGGCCUGGUUGGUUUCUUUUUUAAUAAGUUUUCCUCCACUUCUUGGAUGGCGUCCCCAAAGGAGCCCAGGAGAAUGUUCAGUAUCAUCAGAAUUGGACUACGUCCUAUACUCCUCCCUAGGCUCUUUUUAUAUUCCUAUAGCAGUUUUGGUAAUGGUCUAUUGGAGGAUUUAUGCAAUAACUAAAAGACAUAGUCAGCAAAGAUUGAAAGAUACCCAAAGAAUGGAUGAAACGCUUUACUCAAUGACUGGGGGAUCGACAAAAAUAAAUGGAAAAUUGGAAGAAUUUAAAGAAAAAAAUAAUUUGGAAAAUUUAAAUAAUUUAUCUAUGGAAUCUGAUGUUAAUUCUGUUUGUGCUAAAACAAUUAAAGAAGAAGAAAAGGAUGAAGGGAAUAAACGACCAACAAACCGUUGUUCAACACUCUUUUCACCUUUAUUUAAAAGAGGACAGGCAUGGACUGACACAGAAAUUCUGUCUGGAAUACAACGAAAACGGAGCAUAGAAAAACGAAAAAGAAGAUUAAAAGCAAAAGAAAGACAAGCAACCCUUUUACUUGGCCUUAUACUUUUUGCUUUUAUUAUUAGUUGGAUGCCAUUUUUUGUGAUCUAUGUAUUAAAUGCUCUCACUUUGGAUAUUCCUAUGCCUAUAUUUAAAUUUUUCUUUUGGCUUGGAUAUUGUUAG